AUGGAAGGCAAUUUGGAAGAGCAAAAUAGUGAAGUACCCUUGGAAGCACAAAAACAGCCUGAGGAACUAGAAAAGAAAAUCUCAGAAACGUUCUUCUAUAACUAUGAAGAUAUACAUUCACGGCCGUUUGUCACUGAAGACUCUGGAAUACCAAUUAACCUUCUUACUCUUAAACAUUCUUUUGGAUAUGACUGUACCAGAAAUGCAAACCUGCAGGUGAUGGAUAGCCAAACACUGCUGUAUGUAGCAGGCAAUCAAGUGGUGCUUCUAGACCUGAAAACUCAAUCUCAAAGUUAUAUCCGGAGCAGCAGUGGUGGUGGAAUUGGUUUUAUCACGGCACAUCCUACUAAGCAGUACUUUGCAGUAGGAGAGAAAGGAGAGAAGCCAAACCUCAUCGUCUAUGAUUACCCUUCACUGAGGCCCUACAGAAUACUGCAAGGUGGAACAGAGAAAGCUUAUGUUUUUGGUGAUUUCAACAAUGCUGGCACUUUGCUGGCCAGUGUUGGGAGCAGCCCUGACUACAUGCUGACUAUCUGGGACUGGAAACAAGAACAUAUUGCAUUGAGGUCAAAAGCUUUUUCCCAGGAUGUUUACAAGGUCACAUUUUCUGCUGACAAUGAAGAACAACUAACUACAUCUGGAUCAGGGCACAUCAAGUUCUGGAAGAUGGCUCUCACAUUCACUGGCUCCAAAUUACAAGGAGCUUUGGGCAGGUUUGGAAAAACAUCAGUGACAGAUAUUAUAGGUUAUGUGGAGCUGCCUGAUGGAAAGGUUAUCUCGGGGACUGAGUGGGGCAACUUGCUGCUUUGGGAAGGAGGCUUCAUUAAGAUAGAGAUCUGUCGAGCUGGACACAAGCUCUGUCACAGUGGCCCUAUCAGCCAGUUAGUUCUGGAGGGAGGAGAACUUAUCACUGUUGGAAGAGAUGGCUUCAUUCGGGUGUGGAACUCUGAUAUGAUAGAUACUGCUGAUUCUGUGGAUGACACAGGGUUACUGGAGGUGGAACCUAUGAAUGAACUUUGUGUCGGCAGGAACGUCAGCCUCAGUUUCAUGUCAAAAGUUCAGGACUCUGGACAGCCUGUUUGGUAUGCUCAGGAUAGCAAUGGAGCAAUCUGGAAGCUGGAUUUGACUUUUUCAGAUAUGGCCCGUGAUCCAGAGUGCCUGUACACCUUUCACUCUGGAGGAAUUGAAGCCAUGAGUGUGUCUCCCAUUACAUAUCUUCUGGCCACCACUGCUCUUGAUGGGUCAGUGCGCAUCUAUGAUUUUAUCAGCAACAGUCAACUGAGUGAAAUUAAGUUUAAACAAGGAGGAACAGCACUGACCUGGGCACCUCAUGUUGUAAGUCCUAAAGGAGAAGUAAUUGCUGUGGGGUUUGAAGAUGGUGUUACCCGCAUAAUUGAAGUCUACAAUCCCAAAGAACUACCCACUCUUGCAGAACAGACCAAUAUAGAGAACGCAGAGAUAAAUCUAAAACAAGCUUUCAAACCUCAUUCUACUGCAGUUACAGCCUUGGCAUAUGAAUGUAAUGGAGAAGUGCUUGCCACAGGGAGUAAAGACAAAACUGUUUUCUUUUUUGCUGUUGGAGAUAAAUAUGAGCCAAUUGGAUUCAUCUAUGUCCCUGGGCCUGUGCAGGCAUUACAGUGGUCUCCACCUUCUCAUGUGAAGAGCAUGCUGCUCAUCCUUUGUGAGAAUGGCUUUGCUCUCCAGGUUCCUGCCCCUGUCCCUGAGGAACAAGAUACAGCGUCCACUUAUAAAAUAAACAACCUGCCAACACAGUACUUCCAUUUUUACAGUAUUAAAUCCCGAAUCAAGCUGGAAGAGGAGAUUGCUCUGAGAGAGAAAAAAAGGCAGGAGAGGGAGAAGGCAAGGCUUGAAUGGAUAAAGCAGCAACAGGAGAUGGGAGAGGAGAUAGAAGAAGAACCUGAAGAGGAACCUGAAGAAGAGCCAUUGCCACCUCUGUACAUACCAGAGGAGCCCAGUCCCAUCCUCUGUGGGUUUUAUUCAGCACCAGGAAAAUUUUGGCUUUCCUUGGGUGGGUAUGACUCAGGGUUCCUCUAUCAUUGUGAAUUCUCCUCAAAUGAUCACCAAGAAGACCCUGAAAACAGGCAAGAUGAACCCUUUGAAGUGAUUCCUAUUGAGGACUCUGAUGACAAUCCCAUUCGCCGAAUCUCAUUCUGUACCAACAGACUGCUGAUGUUCUGUGGGAUGCAGAAUGGUGCACUGCGCAUUUAUCCUCUCCAAAAUGAAGAACUCUCAGUGGAUACCUUGAAGGAAUACUGGUCCUUAAACGUACAUGACAAUGAUUACGGCCAGAUCCAGGGGAUCUGUUCUAGUUAUGAUGAUAGGUUUCUGAUUACCUGUGGUGGAGAUGGAAACAUUUUUACUUUCAACAUCUUGUCUCCAGAGGAUGUUCACGAAGAGUUAAAAGCCGAAAUCCCCUCUCCUAGGAGUGGUCUUGAGGAGGAGGAGGCUGCUGAAGAUAUUAAGGAUCCCAAUGCCUACAACAUUGAGGAAGUCAAGCAGAAAAAGGAGCAUGAACGGAUAAUGAAGGAAGCUGAAGAAAAAAAAGAAAAGAAAAGAGAGGAGUUAAGUGCUCUGAGGCAAGAGUUUCUUUUUCUUCUUCAAAAGAAUCAGGAGUUGCCCAAGCACAUGCAGCUGCACAGACAGGAGUUUGAGAUGGACCACAGGAUCUUUGAGGAGCUGAGUAGGCAGACAGCACAUAGAAUCCAGUUACUUCAAAAAGACCUGGCUUGGGAGCAGGAGAAACACUUGAUUGGACUGCAGAAACUACAAAAGCUGUUUCGGGACUCGCUGGAAUUUGACACUGUUGUUGUUCGUGCUAUUCAAAGCAAUCAUCAAAUUUCCACCUACAGACUUUUAUCAAUGUCUGAAAAAUGCUAUCAGGAACGUUCAUCAUGGCAGAAAGUAGUACAUAAAGGGGCAUGGAAAAAAGCAGAAGAAAUGGACGUCGUCAGAAGGACAAGUUUUCGUAAACGUGUUUCAGUUUUUGAGGAUGAGGCUGAAAAGCUGAAGACAUCAGAGGUUCAAAAGCCAACCACACAUUAUAUAGCAAGAAAAUAUGAGCAAAUCAGAAGAAUUGUUGAGAAAUCUGAGGAAAGGAAAGCUAAGAUCUUGAAGAGGGAGGCAGAGUGGGAGCAACUAUACCAGAGCAAACCUAGUGAUGACUAUGAGAAUCCCAAGGAUGUCGAGGCCAUCAGAAAAGCACGGGAAAAUAUGGGAGCGUAUAAUCUGAAGACUGCUGCUGACUACAGAGUCCCUGAACAUGAGUGUCUCAGCACUGAGAAGAAGACAACACAGCUUACGUCCCUGGAAGUGUUGAUCCACAAGAGGAAAGUGAGUAUCAACAAAGAGAUCAUGGCUUUGCGGGAUCUCAAGAUUUCUGUUAUUGAUGAAAUCAAGGGUUUAGUGCAAGAAUUGAAAUCCAUUCAAGCAGCCUUGGAUUUAUCAGAACGUCUCCCUCUCCCACCGAUCCCUCUGUUACACCCAGGUGAGGUUCCUGAAAAAAAAUUUGAGUAUGACAGAGACAUUCUCCUGAAGUUCCAAGAGGAGCAGGAGGCCAAGGCAAAGCUCCAGAAAGAGCUGCAAGAGUCUUCCUCAUCUAGUGCAUCCAGGCAUGGGUUUCUUCAAGCUCCUUCUGUUAAAGACACUGAUCCCAUGGCACAGGCUGCAGAUGCAUGCCCGAUAACAACAGCAUCAUCUGUCACAGACCAGCAAAAAGUUUUUGAGGUUGAGAAGGCAGAGCCAACAGAAAUAGAACUGGAAAUUUUAAAGAAGGAGAAGAUUAAAAAUCUGUACUUGCAGGACACCUUGAUUAAAAAGAUCAAUGCACUGAUGAUCAACUUUGAUGCUGAACUUCGUGUUCUGCGACACAAGAAACUGAAGCUGGAUGUGUUGAUGAAAACCGCUGACCUGCGCUACAUCACGUGCUAUGAAGAGCUUCUUAUCCUGAAGAAACUUGAGAAACAUGAGAAACUUCUCCAGGAGCGUGUUAGCAACCUCAUCAGGGAGCAGGAAGCUAUGGAAUUAAAACUGAAAAGCUACCUUGCACAGAUGGAGGAUAGAAAGAGUGAGAUUGUAAAGCUCCAGGAAUGUGAGAAAGCUCUUUAUGCCACUUUCCAAGCAUUCCUUGAAGAAAACAAUGAGUUUGCUGAUUUUCUGACCAAGGUUCUGGAGAAGAAAAUGGAAAACAAAGAUGUUGAAAGAGAAGCAGAUGAAGAAGAUGAGAACGAAGAGGAGAAGAAUGAAGAGUCCAGCCUGGGGAUUGAUGAAGAAAAUUCUGAAUCAGAAGAUGAAGACUUUGAUGACUCUGUUUGCCCAGAAAACUGCGAUGAGGCUCUCUACCAAAACACCAUCCAGCUCCGGCAGAAGCGGUUAGACAUUGAGAAAGCUUUAACAGAGCAGAAGGAAGCUGCUGCUAGCCUCAGAAAGAAGUACAAUGCCUUGGUCGAAAAGGCAAAAGAAGUGGAAACCAGUCUGGGCACUGCAGAGACUGAACUGGAGACCUUUCAGUGGGAAAAGCAGCAGAGAAUGAAUGACCUACAUGUAGUUGUGCCUUUGAAACUCCAUCAGGUGGAGUACUUGGUUGAUGGGGAGAUGCCCAGUAACUUCUCCCAGGCUUUGGUAUUUACCAACCAGUCCCUGGAGUAUCUGCAGAAGAGAAUUGUGGACCUACAUAAUGAAAAGAAUUUGCAAAGAGACAUCUAUAAGAAGGCCCAGGAGCAGCAUAAGCAGCUUAUCCAGGACAAAAAGGAGAUGGAGAGGGAGAUUCGACGACUGGAAGAGCAAUGCAAUUAUCUGAUGAUGAAGAAGUUUGGCCGGCUGGUUGAUUUUGAAGCAGUUCAAGCACGCUCUGCUAAUAUACAUGUGGCAGAGUUGGAAGUGCAAAUAAUGGAGAAAGAGUAUGAACACUCCCUGGAGCUCAAAGAGUGGGAGGCAAGAAUCUCAGACCUGCAGCAGCAGCUGAGGAAACUGACAAAGGAAAACACCAGCAUGGUGCAGCAAACCCGCUUCUGCCUUGAAAAGCAGCAACUUGAAACUAAGCUGGAUUCACUAAAGAAUUAUCUGAAGCGGGAGAACUGA